GAGUUGGCCGCGGGCGCGCGCCUCGCAGGCUAGUGUGGGUCUCGCGCCGGGUGGGCGGUUUAACUGUCGCUCUCGCGGCUCCGACGCCAUUUUGUUCUCGCUACUUCAGGCAGGGCGGCCGGCCGGGCUGGGCUCUAUGGUGCCGUCGCUGGCCUGAGGGGACUGCUGGCCCGCUGCACUAUGGAGCCCUGCCCGAGAGGAGACCGCAACGCCGCUAGGAGAUCCCGAGCUUCCGCAGGCAGCAGCUGGAUUCCGGCGCCGGAGAAGCGGCCGGGCCGCAGGGAGCGCUGAGGAGCCCCGCUAUGGAGCCGAGGAAGCGGGAGCAGGCGAGCCCCGGGCUCGGCCCGGCCAGCUCCUGGUUAGGACUCACCUGGCUGAAGCUCGGCCCCUGUCCCCCGGCUCCUGCCGUCGCGGCCCAGCCCCAGCUUAGCCCCCCCUUCUCCUGGCUGCGGCUCUUCUCGCAGCUGCUUUCCCCACUGCCCGGUCUCCUCCACCGGCUGCUGCCCGGCCAGGGGCUGAGCAGCGCCCUGUGCCCCGCGGCGGGGGAGCCUCCCGCGGGGGGAUCUCAGGCCGCGCCUCUUCUGCUGCUGUCCGAGGCCGCCGCCUCACUGAGUUGGGCCGACGGGGAGCUGCACUGGCCGGACGACGCCCCGGAGAUGCGCCGGAAGAGUAGCCUGGAGUCUGCCCAGCCGCUGUGGGGAGCUGGGCUGGUGCGGACCGGCCUGGCCCCGCUCAGUGUCCGGCAAGUGGACCUGGUCUCCUACAUGCUGGGCCCCGGCGGCAGUCUGGGGUCCGGCUACGGCCAAGCCUGUUGCACCGACAAGAGCCACCUGCCCCAGCCCUUGAGCGCCGAGCUCCCCGCGGACGGCUGGCGGGGACCCCCAUCCCGGGAGGGGCUCCCGGAAAUCCAGCACGUGCGCACCAAGCGCCUGGAGUUCCUCCAGCAGCAACAGCUGGCGACUAAUUGCUUGGCCGUGCCUGACCCGGACCACGGCUACCACAGCCUGGAGGAGGAACAGCAGCACAGGAGUAACCGCCAAGGGGAUCUAAAGCAGAAGUGUGAUGCCUGGGAGCUGAGAGGCCGUGAGGAACUGCCUGAGCACAGCAUAGUGGGGCAAGCUGGAGAGAGUCCCCUAGAACAGGAAGUAUGGAGUCCUGAGAAGGAGGCAGCUGAGGAAGAGACCCUCUCGGAAGAGGAUGAAGAUGAGGAUUCUGAUAUAGAGCAAGACCUGCCAGUGUCAUCCAGGCCUGCCUGCGCUAACAAACUGAUAGACUACAUUAUCAGGGGCAGUUCCAGUGGAGAGGAAAGUUCAGAGGGUGAGGAAGACUGGGAUGGGGAUGACGAUGAUGGGUUUGAUAGCGAGGGGUCCCUCUCAGAUUCAGACUCUACUAGCCAGGAUAGUGAGAGCCAGCACCUCUGGAACUCCUUCUGCAGUUUGGAUCCUUACAACCCUCAGAACUUUACUGCUGCCAUUCGAACUGCUGUUAAUUCAGAGAAGGAUUUGUCUGGUGAGUCAUAUGUAGAGGAGGAUUCUUCAUGGGCCGAAAGCCUUCCUGGCUCUCCUGCCCUCAGUUCUGAAGAGGAUGAUGAAUGGGAGUGUAAUAGUGCAGAUGAGGAAGAUAAUUUGGAACUUUGGAACUCAUUCUGUAACUCAGAUGAUCCCUAUAACCCUUUCAAUUUCAAGGCACCAUUUCAAACUGCAAAAAAGAAAGGGAAGCAUGACUUAGAAGGAGCAUCAGGGCUGUGUUUGGUCAGCUCUCAGUGCAAUCUCUUAUUCACCUGUCAGGUGCAGCUGCUGGAGAACCAUAACUCUGGGGUCACAGAUACUGUGCAGCAUGGCAUUCUUUUUGGAGAGAAACGUACAAAUACCAAGAGAAAAAAGGUAACAUUCCUUGAAGAAGUUACUGAGUAUUAUGUAAGCAGUGAAGAAGAUCGGAAAGGACCCUGGGAAGAACUUGCACGGGAUGGGUGCAGGUUCCAGAAACGAAUUCAAGAAACAGAAGAUGCAAUUGGAUACUGCUUAACCGUAGAGCAUAGACAGAGGAUAUUUAAUAGACUCCAGGAAACAUACUAUAAAAUGCUUGAUGUUUUCUAGCCCCCUAAAUUUGGUAGCCCUGUUACCCUACUGUUCCUAUAACGGGGAGCUAAGCAUAACUUUAAUACUGCUUCCAAAUUUAAUGUUCAGCCAAUAAAAUAUACCUAAUUAUGUCCAGAUUUGAUAUGGAAACAAAAAAUACCUUGGUCACUUGAAGAAUAAGAGUGGUGUAAUUGUAUUGCUCUUAAAGCAGUUUGUAUCUCAACUGUUUAGGUAAAAUCCAGUCCAUAAAUGCCUUUUGUACACACUGUCCGUCGCUACUACCGAUUGGAUGGUUUAGUGAGGUCCUCGGAUCGGCCCUGCCAGGAUCGGUCAUGGCCCUGGUGCAGUGCCGAGAAGAUGGUCGAACUUGACUAUCUAGGGCAAGUAAAAGUUCUAACAAGGUUUCCAUAGGUGAACUUAAUGAAGGAUCAUUAACGGGGUGCAUGGGGAGAGACGGGACCGGGUUGGGCAACUGACCCUGGACCAGGGGGAUGGAACUCAAUGCAGGUGUGUGGCCGGGAUGGCGCACGGGGGGGAGUCGGUGGCCCCAGUCAUGUCUGCCUCCCAGGCAUGCUGGGAACAGUAAAACUCCAGAUC